GCAUGUCACUUAGGUAGGGGUCACCUUUUACACUACUUAUUCCAGACAGGAGUUCUAUAUAUAUAUAUAUACCUUGAACUGCAAAGUUUCAAGUAAUCUGUUUGCUGUGACCGUAAUUGCAGACGCAAGGAAGAUUGUUGACAUGAAAUAUGAAGCUUGUUGUUAACAAUCGCCAAUCAAAUUAGAAGAAAGCCAAGCAAGCAAAACAUAUUGAGGCAAAUAUCUGUUUAGGAUUUAUAUAUUAUUAUGUAAAUGAAUAAUUUUACAAUGAUUUAGACUCAUAUUUAUAACAGGCUUAAAACAUGAUUUUCUUUUCAUUUUACUGGUACACCGAGAUUUAAAACACAUUCAGAUAUAAUGCUAUUCUAUUUACUAUUUAUGUUGAUGUUUAAAAUUGUACAAAUAAUAAUGAACGCUAUUCUACUUACUAUUUAUCUCCAUAUACGCCCUAUAUAUAAUGGCAGAAGAACAUAGUGCUAUUUUUUUUGUAAUAUUUGAAAAUAAACAGAAUAUCAUUAUACACACUAUAGUUUUGUACACUGAAUGAUACGUUCCCACAUCAUCUCCUAUACCCACCCAGCUAUAUCUCUAAUCUCUGUAAGACAUGAAAACAAAACAAAAAUGGUAAGUUAAAUAAAAAGCCGGAAAUUACAUUUAACCCUAGAACAUUUGAAGUAUUUACCGGUUGUACCUACCUUAACCAAAGGAAUAACCGAAUUGAGUUGAACCACGAACCAAUCCCUAAUUUCGACCCGAAAUUAAAACAUAACCGUCCAAAAACCGAAUGGUACCAAUUCCCUAUCUUAAAUCCCCAAACCAGACCCGAUUCCCUCUCAUUUUCGGGAAGCCCUUCCCUCUCUCGACACUUCGGCGACACAACCGAGGGAGAUCCCCGCUACCCCCACCAGCGACGGCCAAUUCCACCGAAGAGGAGACUCCUGACCAGCAACGGCCAAUCCCACCGAUAGCGACACAACCGAAGAUGGUGCAACCGCAAGAACCUCAUUUCUUCCAACCUUUGCUUCCUGGAUUCCAGACUCACUUGACAAUACCCAUUGUAUUUUUCUCCAAGCACAUCCAAGGGAAGACGAAUGGGAACACAUGGACACUAACAUCCGACGCUAUGGAUCAAACAUGGCAAGUGAUACAAGAAGAGAGGCGACUCACCCGAGGUUGGAAGGAGUUCGCUGAGGCACAUGACCUUCGAAUAGGAGACAUUGUCAUCUUCAAACUCAAAGGUUCCAUGGUCUUUCACGUCACUCCCUUUGGUCCGAGCUGCUGUGACAUCCAGUACACAUAUCCCAACUCAAUGGAAGAAGCCCAUGACCACCAGAACAAUACAGGAACAGGGGCUAGGUUUUCUUACUCGUGGGACUACUGUUUUAAGGCUGAGGUCACGGAUUCUAAUGUCCGUGAAGACAAACUUGUGAGUGAAACGAGUGUUCUUUUGUGUACUUACACAUCUUUAUGUUGUUCUGACACAUAUGUUUAUGUUCUUUUGUUGCAGAAUCUCCCUGUGGGGGCUACUGGUUGUAAUGCUCUGAACAAAGAAUGCAAGAAGGCGAAACUAGUGAACAUAGAGGGAAAGGCGUGGAAUGUGUCAAUGCGAUUUAACGAAUCAGGCGGCUUCUACUACAUCAAAGGGUGGAGAAAGUUCUGUGCUGAAAACAAAUGCCACAUUGGAGACAGCUUUGUCUUCAAUGUGGUUGGAGAUGGGAACACUUUGCCAUUGAUGUGUGUCUGUUCUCCAAGUAAGGAGUGUCUUAAAUCUGCAGGUGACAUUGCUUCUUCCUCCCGGGUGAACUAGGAAGAUCAUGUGUUCUAGUUGGGGACGCGUCUAUGUUGGUUGUGACUUGAUCUUAAGAGCACAAUGUCUUGUGCUUUGAACUUAUUUUGUGUGUCUUUUAUAUGUUUGCUUUUUGGUACUUUCAACUUGUUAUUUUGAUUUGAUGGUACUUUGAACUUGUUAUUUCGGUUUGAUGUUGCAAACUUUUAGUUAAUCAUUUUCAUGUCAA